AUGGCCACCUCAGACGACUCAUCCACCGGAGGCGCCGGAAACCGCCUGUUAGAGGGCAAGGAGGUCGGCAUAGAUCCGUCGCCGUCCCAGACCACAGGGAAGCAGAAACGGUACCUGAUGGCGCCGUUCCACUUCGUCUCUGGAACAGAAAUCGGCGUCUUGGUGGUCGGCGUCGUCUUUGCUUUGGGCGCUGGCGCUGCAAUGCCGGGAUUUAUUUCCAUCUUCGGAGACAUGAUGGCUGCGCUCAACACGAACACCGACAUGGUGCCCUACGCAAAACUUCUCGCCAUUCUCGGCGUGGUGGCGCUGUUUUGCGGCUGGGUGGCUGCGGGCUCGUUCGAAUACUUGUGCGACCGGCAAGCCGGAAAGUUUAAACUGGAGCUUUUCAGCUCGAUUCUGCGACAGGAGCUCGGGUGGUUUGACACUCACGACGCGGGCGCCUUGUCGAGUCAAAUCGACUCCAACACGGCAACCAUCCGAACUGCCGUCGGACUCAAGUGCGCCACUGCGCUUCAAUUCUUUUCCACGUGCGUCGGAGGGUUCGUUGUCGCCUUUUGGAGGAGCUGGAAAAUGACUCUCAUCGUCUCGGCCACCCUCCCGUGUGUCGCCGCCGGCGGGGCGUUUCUCGCCUGGGCUCUUCGCUACAGCCAAACUGCGGUUUCCGACGCGUACCGCGAGGCGGGGAGUGUAGCUGAGGAGGCGCUGGGGAACAUUCGCACAGUCAUUUCGCUCGGAGGAGAAGACCGACUUGCAGCUGCGUACACCGAACGCUUAAAGCGGGCAGAGAAGGCGGCCAUCAAGGGUGGAGUCUUCACAGGGUCGGCUUUCGGAGCCAUGAUGGCAUGCGUAUUCCUCAUGUAUGCUCUCGGCUUUUGGUACGCUGGACAAGUGAUCUCCGACGGAUUGCGCGACCUCCAAGCGGCCAUCGCAAUGCUGCCUGGCACGACCGUCCUUGAUGCCGGGAGCCUGGAGUUUCAGGGUGGCGACGCUAUCGUCGUGCUCAUAUGCGUCAUGGUCAGUGCCUUCUCCAUUGGACAGAUCAUUCCUCUUUUCGGAGAUUACAUGAAGGCUGUCGAAGCUGCGAACGACCUGUUGGAGAUCAUCAACCGAAAAUCGCAGCUGGACCCGCUGGACGAGAGCGGACUGAAAGACGUCAACUUGACAGGAGACAUCGUCUACGAGAACGUGACGUUUGCGUAUCCCUCCCGACCGGAGAAAACCGUUCUGAAAGACUUGAACCUUCGGAUUCCAGCAGGCAAAUCGGUGGCUCUCGUUGGCGGCUCUGGGUGUGGAAAGUCGACCAUCGUUCAACUGCUGCAAAGGCAGUACGAGCCCAGCGCCGGGACCGUCCGAGUUGGCAACACGCCGCUGAAAGAGAUCAACUUGGCGACGCUGCGAGAGGGCCUGGGCGUUGUUAGUCAAGAGCCGAGACUGUUCUCUGCAACGGUCGAAGAGAAUAUCGCACUUGGGUCUCGGAGCCGCGUGACGCAUGCAGAAGUCGAGGCCGCGGCGCAGAAGGCGAACGCCGCAGGCUUCAUUUCCGACUUUGCAGAGAAAUACGAGACACACUGUGGGUCGAGGGGGUCUCAGCUCUCCGGCGGCCAGAAGCAACGCGUUGCGAUUGCUCGCGCCCUCAUUCGCCAUCCGUCCAUCUUGAUUUUCGAUGAGGCGACCUCUGCACUCGACAAUGCUUCAGAGCGCGUGGUUCAGGCCGCCUUGGACCGCCUCAUCGAGUCGACAGGAGUGACGACGAUCAUCAUCGCGCAUCGCCUGAGCACGAUUCGGCGAGCAGAUCUCAUCGUUGUCCUUGGCCAAAGAGACGACGCGGGCGGCUCCGCUGUUGUGCAGCAAGGCUCCCAUGAAGAACUGAUGAAAGACGAGAGCGGUCUGUAUUUCAGCUUGGUCCAGUCGCAGCUCGCAGGCCUCCACGGAGGCGACGAGGAGAAAGAAGAAGAAGCGAGCACGGAAGUUCUCGUCGAAACGACCACAAAUGCCAGCGUCGCUGCUGCUCAGAGCAUGGAAAAACACCCCUCUUUUCCGCUGACCAGCCGCCGGGACUCAGUCACUUCGUCGAUCUCUCGCAUUUCUGAGCACCUUCUUGGCACAGAUGUCACGGAUGCAACGAGACGUUGUCUAUGCCUGAAAAAGAAAGUCGCACCGCGAGAUCCCCAUGCGCCGCCACCUGUCAGCAAAUCGAGGAUUUUUGGCCUCGCUCUCCGCUACUGGCCUGUGUACAUUGUCACGCUCAUCGCCGCUGCUUGUUCCGGAGCUGUCUUCCCUGCGUACUCGGUCAUGUUCUCUCGAUUCAUAGCUGUGUUCUUCCGCCUCGACCCUGACGAAGUCUCCGACGAGGCGAACAAAUGGGCGCUUGCCUUUGUGUGCCUGGCUAUCUCGACGUUCGUCAUCGAGUGGGUUAAAUUCACUGGCAUCGAGUACAUGGGGUCGAAGGUGACUGCUGACCUCCGAAGCAGAGCCUUCCUCCAGACCAUCCAUCAGGACGUCGCUUUCUUUGACGAUCCCAAAAAUAGCGUCGGCGCUCUCAUGUCGACUUUGUCGUCAGACGUCCUUCUGGUGAAAAGUGGAAGUUGCGGCAACCCGAUGGCCCUCGCUGCGGUGAUUUCCGCGAUUACAACAGGGUGCGCGAUCUCCUUUGUCAGUGACUGGCGACUGGCGGCGGUUCUCGUCACGAGUCUGCUCGUUCUCGUUCCCGCAAACAUCAUGGAAGAAAGACUCAUGCACACCCACGAUCACGUAUCAAAGGACUCGAAGGACAGAGAUGAAAGUCUUCGGUGUCCGGAGCAGGUCCUCAUCGAGGCGGUCGGCGGCAUUCGGGUCGUCUCCGCUUUCGGACUUGAACAGUACUUCGUCGAGCUCUACAAGAAAUGCCUGCACCUCGAUCCUGUGUCGCAGGCGAAGAGCGCUGCGACCGUCGGCUUCUUCUGGGGGUUCAGUCAGGGCGCACAGUUUGCUUUCAAUGCCCUCGCGAUGUGGUACGGAGGCGAGUUGAUCAAAGAGGGGGCCGCCGCGACCGAUAUUAUGCAAGCUACGUUUGGAAUUAUGUUUGCGUCGAUGUCGGUCGGACAGACGGUGUUGUAUUCAACGGACGCAGCUCGCGCGCAACUGGCUGCCGAGCGUGUGUUUGCACUGAUUGACAGGACGUCUGCGAUCGACACCCGAGAUACUGGAGGCAGGAAGUUCAGCGACAACGCAAACACUGGCGUCGAUAUCGCUUUCACCGAUGUUCAGUUCCGGUACCCUACGCGUACCACUUUGCCUGUGUAUAGAGGCCUCUCGUUUACCAUCAAGGCAGGCGAGUCUGUGGCGCUUGUCGGGCCGUCUGGGUGUGGCAAAUCCACUGCGAUUCAGCUCCUUGAGCGGUUUUACGACCUGCAAAGCAGCGUCGCUGCCAAUGCAUGCGACGCCAAGGACAGCCGAAGGAAGACGAAAGGCGGCGGCUCGAUCACCUUCGCUGGAACUGAGUUGCGCGACGCAAACGUCAGUUCCCUUCGCGAACAAAUGGGCUUCGUUGGCCAGGAACCGGUCCUGUUCAACAUGAGCGUUGAAGACAACAUUCGCUUCUCGUGUCCAGACGCGUCACAGACGGACAUCAUCGAGGCGGCGAAACAGGCGCAAGCGGACAGCUUCAUCCGCUCGUUUCCUCAGGGCUACAAGACGAUCGUCGGCAGCGGCGGCAGCCAGCUGUCCGGUGGACAGAAGCAGCGCAUUGCGAUUGCACGCGCACUCGUACGCAAGCCUCGCCUUCUCAUUUUGGAUGAAGCGACGUCUGCUCUGGAUCCAGAGUCCGAGCGACAAGUGCAGAAGACUCUCGACGAACUGAUGGAAAAAGGCCACAAGCACAGCACCAUCAUCGUAGCCCACAGACUCUCCACUGUGCGCAACGCGAACAAGAUCGUCGUUCUCAGCAACGAAGACGGUCGCGGCAGCCGCGUGGUGGAAGUUGGAACUCACGAGGAGCUCAUGAAGCUGAAGAACGGGGUGUACAGACAGCUCGUGAACAUGUCGCGUUACUCGGCGUAG